UUUAAAAGGGAAUUCCAAAAAAUAUGGCUUCCAAAGGAACACAUGCUCUGUCACUUCGGAUAUUGGCAGAGUGUAAAACUACAAAAGCAAGAGCAUGCAAGUUAAAACUACCUCAUUGUGAGGUUGACACACCCGUGUUUAUGCCGGUUGGAACACAGGGUACACUGAAAGGUCUUGUCCCUGAACAGCUGGAAGAAUUAGAUUGCAAAAUAAUGUUGGGAAACACCUAUCAUUUGGGGAACAGGCCGGGUCCUGAUCUGUUGAAGAAAGCAGGAGGCCUGCAUAAUUUUAUGAAGUGGAACAGAUGCUUACUAACGGACAGUGGAGGAUUCCAGAUGGUGUCGCUGCUGAAGCUGGCUGAAAUAACAGAGGAGGGGGUGAAGUUUCAGUCCCCACAUGAUGACUCCGAGAUGAUGCUAACCCCUGAAAUGUCUAUACAGAUACAAAAUAGUAUAGGUGCUGAUAUAAUAAUGCAGUUGGAUGAUGUUGUCCACAGUUGUGUGACUGGACCCAGAGUGGAGGAGGCUAUGUACAGGACUAUAAGAUGGUUGGAUAGAUGUCUGAAGGCCCACCAGAGACCCCACGACCAGAAUAUCUUCCCCAUCGUACAGGGGGGACUGUACCCAGAGCUUCGCAAGAAAUGUGUUCAAGAGUUGAUAAAGCGCGAAGUUCCUGGCUAUGCCAUUGGGGGAUUGAGUGGGGGAGAAAGUAAGGAUGACUUUUGGAGAAUGGUAACACUGUCCACUGAAUAUUUACCGAAGGACAAGCCAAGAUACCUGAUGGGGGUUGGUUUUGCUGUUGACCUAGUAGUCUGUGUAGCCCUUGGAUGUGACAUGUUUGACUGUGUGUUUCCUACAAGGACAGCUAGAUUCGGAAAUGCUUUGGUUCCCACUGGUAAUCUGUCAUUGAAGAACAAGAUGUAUGCCAAGGACUUCAGUCCUAUAGAUGACAAGUGUCCGUGUUCCACAUGUAAACAGUACACACGUGCCUACCUGCACACUAUCGUCACUAACGAGACCGUCUCCUGCCAACUGUUGACUGUACACAAUGUUGCUUACCAGUUGUCCCUGAUGACUAGUAUACAGGAGAGUAUUAAUGAGGACAAAUUUCCACAGUUUAUACAGGACUUCUUUGAUAAACAAUUUCCCAAUACAGACUACCCACAGUGGGCCGUGGAUGCUUUAGCUUCAGUUAAUGUUCAUAUCAAGAAAAGCUGAUGCUGGCAUAAACCACUUAAAACACUUUCAAAAACUGUCUACAGGAAUACAGGAAUAGUAUCCGUUUCCAAGCAGAGGGACUCUGUGAUGACCACAUGCUUGGGCAGUAAAGAUAUACAUUCUAUACAAAUUCCCGAUGUAUAGAGGUUGUGGAUCUGUUCUAGACAAGAUACCAUCAGAAGAAUAAGAGAGAGAUGGCCAUAUUAAACAGGAUUAGUAUACGAACAAUGUAUACUUUGGAACCUUGUUUGAGGAAUUUUCCAAUGACUAAUUAGAAUCACUCUUUCUGGUGGUAAUUAUACCUCUCAGACAGUGGUCAGUAAGACUUGCUACACUGUACUACAUGUUGAGGACCAGGUAUCCAACACAGGAAACGUGCAAUAAAAAUGGAAAUAUU